AUGACCAUGACAGAGCUGUUGGCUCAUCCUGUAGUGAUUGGUCUUGUUGCUGUCAUCGUUGCCAGUGCUGCAAUGGGCCUCUUCUCGUCCAACAAGCAUUUCCCCGUUGAGGGCAGAACUGUCUUGAUCACUGGAGGUUCGAGUGGCAUGGGAAAAGCUCUCGCGACCAAGCUAGCUCAACAGGGUGCCAAUGUUUGCAUUGUCGCCAGAAAUCAAGCAAAACUCGACCAAGCGAUCGACCACAUCAAGUCGCACGCCAAAUCUCCGAACCAACGAUUCCUUGCCAUCAGCGCCGAUUGCACCUCGCCCCAAGACAACACCCGCAUCCUCGCCGAAACCACCUCAUGGAACAACUCACAAGCUCCCGACAUAGUCUGGGCCAAUGCUGGCUCGUCGUCCCCUGGCCUCUUCAUCGACACUCCCCUUGAGACCCAUCGCGCCCAGAUGGACACAAACUACUGGGCUUCCUUCUACCUCGCCCACGCAACCCUCAAACUCUGGCUCGCUCCACACCAAAACAAAGAAGAACACAAAACGAGACACUUCAUCAUCACAGCCAGCAGUGUUGCUUUUGUAGGUGUCGCAGGAUACACUCCCUACGCUCCUGCCAAAGCUGCCUUGAAGUCUUUGGCCGACUCGCUGCGCAUGGAGUUGAAUCUCUACAACGGCAGUAUGAAGUCUUCGAAGCCUUCUCCUGCUGCGGCCACACAGAUCCAUCUGGUCUGCCCUGGAACCAUUCUAUCUCCUGGUUAUGAAGCCGAAAACCUUACAAAGCAUCCCGUUACCAAGAUCCUGGAAUCUGGCGACCCCAAACAAUCAGAAGAUGAAGUUGCAGAUGCUGCUCUGAAGGGCUUGCAACGAGGCGACUAUGUCAUCACAACACAGUGGUUGGGUCACGCCAUGAGAGUCUCUGCUCUAGGUGGCUCCCCCAGAAAUGGCUGGGGUAUCGUGGACGUCCUCUUCGGUUGGGUGACUGGUAUUGCAUGGCUGUUUAUUGCGCCUGAUAUGGAAAGCAAGGUCUGGAAAUGGGGCAAAGAGCAUGGCUGUUCAUAA